AUGCAACCAUCAACGGCCGAUUCUGGCUUCAUUCUCACCCUACCUCCAUUACAGAACCCAUACACGUCGGAUUCUUCUUACAAGCGCGUGUUGUCGGCAUAUCUCCCUUCUGAAGUCCUCAGAAUCGUUGAGCCUCGCUUGAAAAAGUUCGCAGACGAAGCGAUCUCGGAUGAGGUAUACGAGUGGAUUUCCAACGCCGAGAGGGAACAGCCAUACGUCAAGACUCGAAAUGUCUGGGGCGCUCGUUAUCCUUUUGAUCGCUUGGUGACCUCCUAUGGGUGGAAGCAGCUUGGGAAAUGGGGUGCAAAGAACGGUGUCAUUGCUCUGGGAUAUGAGGAUGAGUUUGGGAAGCAUAGGCGAGUUGUCCAGCAUGCAUUCAACUAUACAUAUUCCGCAUCUUCCGCAGUCUAUUCCUGUCCAGUAUCGAUGACAAGCGGAGCGGCACGAUUAGUUGCAAAGCAGCUCGUCGAUAAACCACCCAACCAUCCAUUCCAUGAAAUAUACAGGCGUCUCAUAUCACGUGAGGACAAUUGGAUCUCAAGUCAGUGGAUGACCGAGAGGCCAGGGGGAAGUGAUGUGCAGAACUCCGAGACAGUUGCAGUGUACUCACCACUCCCGCAGAAGACGGGCGAGUUUGGAAGUGUCGAGGAAGGUGAUUACCUAGUCUCAGGCUUCAAGUUCUUCUCAUCAGCCACUGAUUGUAACAUGGCACUCAUGUUGGGCAAGACUGAGUCUGGAGUGCUGAGUCUCUUUGUCGCGCCAACAAGGAGAACCGUCGUCGAGAAUGGUCGAAGGAGCCUAGUGACCAAUGGUAUACGAAUUCAAAGACUCAAGAACAAAAUGGGCACCAAAGAGUUGCCGACUGCAGAAUUAGAGCUCAAGAACGUCAGAGCAUGGCUGAUUGGGCCUCUCGAUCGAGGUAUCCCGACGAUCGCAUUACUGUUGAAUGUCACCCGAACGCACAAUUUCAUCACCGCUCUAUCCUGCUGGCGCCGAGGAAUGUCGAUAGCUAAGGGGUUCGCUCUAGCCAGAACCACUAUCAAUCAGCCGCUAUGGAGCUUUCCAAUGCACUUGAGACUGUUGGCGACAAUGGAAGUUAAGCACCGAGGUCUUCUCCAGAUCGCAUUUUUCACCACGGCUCUGCUCAGCUUCGUCGACAAUGGAUUCCCGACCGCUGCCGCAGGACAAGGCAUCCCAUUCCCUGAACCAGGCGAGCAAGCAGAUGUUGUGCUGCGUACUUUAACAGCUUCAGCGAAAGCAGUCAUCUGUAAGGUCGCAACCAUUGCGUUACAAGAAUGCCAGGAAGCAAUGGGAGGUGUUGGGUACAUGGAUGAGCCAGAUGAGCCAGAGCAUAACAUUGCGCGACUGAUGAGGGAUACUGCCGCAAACAUGACCUGGGAGGGUACGACCAAUGUUCUAGGAAGUGAGGUGACACGUCAUCUCUUGAAUCGCGAUGCAGGGAAUCUCAAAAUCAUGGGCGCGUGGUUGACAAAAGCGAUUGACAACAUCAAAGACGCAGAGUUGAACCAGUCGCUGGGAAGAUCAUGGAAGGAUCUUGAACAGAUCAUAUCUAGGGGCAAGGUUGAUCUCGCGUCCUCGCUUGCAGAAGGCCGUCAGAUCAUGUUCACCCUGGUCUGGAUAAUCAGUGGUAUGCUACUGGCAGUCGACGCACAGCGGGAUGACAAUGAAAUCGCCAUCGAGAUAGCUCGCAGAUGGGUGGUUGAUGGAGAGGGUGGUGUUGGAGAAUUCACUUUUCCUCACAUCAUCCAUGCAAGUCGCCCAAAGUUUACCAUGGGCGGUCAGGAACGAACGAACUGGGACUGCAGACUGGUAUGGGGUCGAGAUCUGCCAGAGAAUGCGUCUCUGGGAUAUCGUUCCUCCGUGACCAGGCCGAAAUUAUAG